GUAAACAUUUCAAACUGCUUGAACAGGGUUUAUAUUACAGGUCCAGAUAGUUUUCCUGUUAGGAUUUUGGAGAACUUCAGCAUAGACAAGCCUCAGCAGGCCUUUUGAAAGCAUGUUUGAAACCUUUUGGUAUCUUCUUUGAAUCUUGUACUGGAGAUUACACAUUUAAUAGUAGUUAAUUUUGUUCCUAACCAUGUUUUCAAGUAAAAAAAGUUGAGGUCAGCGAGUUGGGUUGGAGACCAGUCUGUAGGCUUUUGCUGUACUUGGGGAACUCAACAAUGUCGCUCUAUAGAGCCAAGGAAAGAGACACACACUAAUGUUUUGGGGCAGGAGUGCUAGCAGAAGGGACAGGCAUAAGGACAAGAGUUAAAGAAAAUGGAGAGAAAUGACAUCAGGUGGUAGAUAAUCAGGAGAAGAUACAAUGUACAAGUAGAAAAGACCUAUCUGUAGAAAGACACAAGGGAAGAGGAAAGCUUAACAUGUAAGAAAUGUUUAAGUGGGCUGAAAUUAGUUAAAGCCAGCUGCUGGAUAGAGUAGAAAGAUUUCAUUGGACAAAAUGUCUUUGUCACACUUUAUAUGCUAGGUGGUGGUAUUUUUCUGUUAGGAGUUUGAGAAACACAUGACUGUCCAUGCAUGGCAAUUAAAUUCACCGUGCAAUAAUAUGCAACUGACUUCUUCCCUCAGAUAUGCCAAGCAUCUCCUCCUGCAAUUCAACUUCUUAAAAAUCAUCUUUACUUAGUCUGUGUAAUAGGCUUUCUUUUUCCCAUCCUCAAGUUUGGUGGAUAUGUUUUUCUGGUUUUUUUUUGUGUGUGUGUGUGGUUUUUUUUUUUUUUUUGGUCUUUUUCUGACCAUCAUUUUUCAUGCUUGCUAUCUCUCACAAACAUGAGUAUCUUUAUCAGAACCUCCCCCUUUUUUUUCUCCCCUACUUUAAACUGGAUUUUCAAGAUAACUUCUGGGAGGUACUGUAAUCUGAGGUUUACUUUACCCAUGCAUAUGUUCUUUUUCUCUCAGCUUCUUUUUCCCUCACCAGAUAAUGCAAAAAUUAAUAGGUCUUCUAUGAUCGUAAAUUUGUAGGGAUGCAGGAAAAGUACUGGAAGUUCAUCUGUCAUUUGGUUGCCAUACAAAUCUGAAGGAGCAUGAGGCUAGAACAGGGGAAUGAGGUGACUUUAGCAAAGGUAGUGGAAUAUUGCUUCUGAAGUAAGGAGUUGCGUAUCAAGUAUGUUUUAAAGAGGGGCAGUGUUGAUCUUAAUCUCUUUGUAUCAAGCAGAAUUCUAUAUGAGGAAGGAUCUUGGGUCCAGUUACAACGUGAUGUUUCCAUUAAUAUAUGAGAAAUUAUAAAACUUAAAAGUGAUACCAGGAAAGGCAGCAAUAAUUUCAGAGGAUAGGAUUUGAAUUUAAAGUUAAUUAAGAUACAUUACCUGGAAAAAAGUUACGUGGUUUGAUGGGAACAAGUGCAGACUAUAGCAUGUGAAUAAAAAUGGUCAACUCUACAAAUACACUCUAGACACUAGACUGCGGUCAUGUAGAAGAGGAUCCAAAUGUGAUAGUAUAUCACAACAUAAAUAUCAUCAGACAUGAUGAAGCAUGUGAAGCAAUCCUUCUUUAUUUGGUGCUGUUGGGGCCUCAGAUGGGGCACUGUGCUCAAUUUUGGGCACUGUACUUGAGAAGGAUGUGGCUGAACUAGAGAAAUUUCAGAAGAGGGUAUGAAGACUGAUCAGAGGUCUAGAAGAAGGAAAGACUGAAAGAAAUGGGUCCAUGUAGUCUACAGAAAUAAAAGAUGAGUAGAGAUGCAAGUCUUUAAGCUGCAUAAAAGUGUUUAUUACAAAGCGUUGUAAACUUAUUUGCCCGCUGGGGAUAGGACAAAGAAAUGGUCUUAAACUAUAGGAAGAAAGAUUUUAAGAUGCUGUUUGAUCUUACAAUUCCUCUUCAUUCCGUAGUUCAUUCACUUAUUUCUCCUCUCCAUUCUUUGUAAUGUGGCACUUUUAAAGUCAUGAACUGAUGGAAGCAUCUGAACAGGGGGAAGGAAUAGGGAGGGAGAGAUGGUUUGUCUGACAGUUGAUUUUCUGUCGGGUCAACUUCUUUAACCUAAUCACCCCCUGGCUGCAUCUCCACUAAAUUCAAUGGGAGGAAAAAUAGCAGGAGCACAUGGCAAGGGGCCGUGGGAUUAUGUGUAACGUCAAACUGCACCCUCGGGCUAGAUAUUAGGAUAAUCUGCCUAAUGGCAAGCAUAAUGAAGCACUCAAAUAGGCUAAGGAGGGUGUGAAAUCUACCUUAGUGGUGGUGUUUUAAGAACAAACUAGACACACAUCUACUGGGAAUAAUUCUGACACAGUCUGGCCUUUUGCCCAUGGCCAGGGUCAACUAAGUGAUCAACUUCUUCAAAUACCAUCCAAUCCCACUUUCUGUGAUUCGUGCAACUUCUUGAGUAGAUGCAAGCAGUAAGAUUAAUCUUGUAUGUUAUGAUUUAGAAGUGUUGUGCACUUGCUAUGUAGGUUCUUCAGUGACUAGACCUGGUAUGUGGGAGACAGAGGAAUAGCAGUCUUGAGCUGUGUCCACAAUCAGCAAGGUUAAUGCAAUUUAAAACAGCAGUUUGUAAUUCCUGACUGGUAUGAUUUUUAAGUUCUUCUGUGAGCACAUAAGAGCUCAAGUAUGUUUCUUAAGCUAUGCAGAUACUGUUUAGACUAGAUUUGCUUUUGGCAACGGUAUGUUCUGGCCCCCUUUGAACCAUUUUAGGACUAAUAAGAACAGUCCUGGACUACAGGUAGACCACUGUUACUUGAGGUAGACUCUUCUUCCGAAUCUAAUUAUGUAUAAAUUUAGUGAUUACCCAUUUAGAAGGUAACCAGAUCAGGAAAAUUUUUUUGGGAAGAACUAGUCCAAAACCAGGGCAAAACUAGAAGGCUUUGGUUUAGGAACUGUGGAGGCAGUGAACUGUUUGUACUGAUAUAAUGCCAUGCUGAGUCAUUUGGGACCUAUUCAGCUAUCUGGAAUAGGCAUAUUCUACCUAUAGUGUUUGUCUGUGCUACUUCAAAAAGAAAAAAAAAAAAAAAAAAAACCAAAACAAAAAAACCCACAAACAAAUAAAAAAAACCAAACAAACAAAAACCAGCCAAAGCAAAACAAAAGAAAGAACUUCUGGGGGGAGCCCUUUCCCCCUAUACCCCCAGUCGUGGGGUAUGCAGCAUGCAUAAACCAUUCUGAAAUGGACAAACCAUGAAGAAAAGGCCCUUUUAAUUCUUCUGGGAGGUCUGCUUUGGGUCCACAGGAGCUAGAAGAUUGUCAAGGGUGAACACGGUGUUUGUCUACUUAAGAAUCUGUUUCAGGGAGGGGAUGACCGCCGGGUCUUACUUUGGCGUAUGGAAGAAGCCAUCCACUCAAGAGUCAAACCAGUUCAGCUGAAAGGGGAGCAUCACUCUAAUAUCUUCUGCCUAGCUUUCAAUAGUGGCAAUACAAAAGUGUUCUCUGGAGGCAAUGAUGAGCAAGUUAUACUCCAUGAUGUUCAAAGCACCGAGACCUUGGAUGUGUUUGUCCAUGAAGAUGCAGUGUAUGGCCUUUCAGUGAGCCCAGUAAAUGACAACAUCUUUGCCAGUUCCUCAGAUGAUGGCCGGGUUCUCAUUUGGGACAUCCGAGACUCUUCCCAUGGAGAGCCCUUCUGCUUGGCACACUACCCAUCAGCCUUUCACAGUGUGAUGUUUAAUCCAGUAGAACCCAGAUUACUGGCUACUGCCAACUCUAAGGAAGGUGUGGGACUGUGGGAUAUUCGUAAACCUCAGAGUUCCCUGCUUCGCUAUGGUGGAAACCUCUCACUUCAGAGUGCCAUGAGUGUCCGGUUCAACAGCAACGGAACCCAGCUGCUGGCACUGCGUCGGCGCCUUCCCCCAGUCCUCUAUGACAUCCACUGCCGGCUGCCUGUCUUCCAGUUUGACAACCAAGGGUACUUCAACUCAUGUACUAUGAAGAGCUGCUGUUUUGCAGGUGAUCGUGAUCAGUACAUCCUUUCGGGCUCUGAUGACUUCAAUUUGUAUAUGUGGAGGAUUCCUCCAGAUCCAGAAGCAGGUGGCAUUGGCAGGGUCGUCAAUGGUGCUUUCAUGGUAUUGAAAGGUCAUCGGUCGAUUGUAAACCAAGUCCGGUUUAAUCCUCACACUUACAUGAUCUGUUCUUCUGGUGUUGAAAAGAUCAUAAAGAUCUGGAGUCCUUACAAGCAGCCUGACUGCACGGGGGAUCUGGAUGGUAGAAUUGAGGAUGAUUCGCGUUGUCUCUACACGCACGAAGAGUACAUCAGUCUUGUGUUGAACAGUGGUAGUGGUUUGUCCCAUGAUUAUGCCAACCAGUCAGUCCAGGAAGAUCCACGGAUGAUGGCCUUUUUUGACUCCCUGGUGCGCCGGGAGAUUGAGGGCUGGAGUUCUGACUCAGACAGCGACCUCAGUGAAAGCACAAUCCUGCAGCUCCACGCAGGAGUAAGCGAACGCUCCGCUUACAGCGAGUCGGAGUCCUCUGCCUCUUUGCAUCACUCCCCACCCCAUGUGGCUGAAGAGUCUGAUGAAACUGCCUAUAACUUAAGGGCCUUAAGAUCAACUGAAUCCCCCUCAGCCAGAGAAGAUGUGGCUUCCCGUCAGCAGAGGCUCUCUGCGCUGAGGAAGUAUCAGGAUAAACGUCUCCUGGCCCUUUCCAAUGAGUCUGACUCUGAUGACAAUACCUGUGAGGCAGAACUAGAUACGGACCUUUUCCCACGGCCACGGUCCCCGAGCCCUGAGGAGAACGAAUCCAGCAGUUCCAGCAGCAGCAGCAGUACAGAAGAUGAAGAGGAACUGAAUGAACGACGCACAUCUAUGAGGCAACGCAAUGCGCUGAGGCGCCGGCAGAAGGUGCAAAAGGAGGAAAGGACUAGCACUAACAGGGAGAACGUGACCCCCUACGUAGGUGAGGACAUCUAUGAUUACCCCCAGAUCAAAGUAGAUGAUCUUUCUUCUUCUCCAGCUUCUUCGCCAGAAAGGAGUUCAGCCAACAAAGAAGUUCUCAAAGAAAGGACAUCUCCUUGUUCAGACAGUGAAUCAGUGGAAAGAAAGAUUUACAGAGCUUACAGAUGGUUUCAUUAUUCUUACAUAUAUUCAGCUAGUAAAGAUAGUGAAUCCUCCAAAGGAGACGGAGAGAAUGAUGAAGGGAAGCCAGGAACUAGUGGAAGGCACAGUACAGCACACUUGCCAAAUAAGGAAGAUGCUAGGAACUUGAGUUCAGUAGUUCCUCAAGGUUCCCCAGCUCUUUCUACUGAAAGCCACAACAAAGAGACUUUAAAAGAAUGUGGCUUUAUAGAAAAUUCUAGUAAUGGUCAAGCUCAUGAAUGUGACAAUCAGCGGCAGAUGGAGGGUCAAGAAAACACACCUGAAGACACUAGCAGUGGAGGUAUAGAGCAUUCUUUUGAGACUAAAAAGCUCAAUGGAAAAGCUAACUGCAAAGGGCUAAAUAGUUGUACUGAAGAACCUUGCAUUCAGACUGCAGGACUUGUGGAACAGAAAAAUAGUCAGAACUGUCAACCAGCAUCAAGCCAUCACUCACUGGUCCCUCCGUUCUCCGCUGUUGCCAUCUGUAGUGUGUCGGGUCACUGCUCCAGAAACCAGACUGAUGAUAGUGAGGAGAGAAGCCCCGACACCUCCUGCGUUAACCACAAUAACGGCCACUUGCAUCUUCGCCCUUCGUGCUUCAACAAUGGACAGAGUUUUGGAGAGCAGGAGACUGCGACGCAAGGACUACAGGUGCACUCAAAUGCUGAUAGUGGCAACCUUGUACAGAUGGGUGUCACCUUGCACAAAGACUGCUGCCUGUCUGACAUGGACUCCAACAGCUACAGCGGGAGCACAAGAGAGGAUACUGCUGACUUGCAUCCUACGGGCAGUGAGAGCACUCAGUCUCUCGGAGGACUGAAAAGACACAGAGUGGAGUUGGAAGAUGCAGAUUCAGAGAGUCCAUCCUUAGAAAAGAAGUUAAAAACAUGAUAAAUGCGAAUGUCUGUCGUAGUGUGCACUCUCUCUCAAAAAAAAAAAAAAAAAAAAGGAAAAAGAAAGUAUUAAAGGCACAUAGAGUUUGGGUCUGAAACAUUGCGUUUGGUUCUCCAUUCCAUUCUUCAGUGGGUCUGUUUUAGAUUGCCAAUGGUUCAUGCUGUAUAAAAAUCCAACUUACUCCUUAAUGAGACUGAGUCUAGUGUACCCGUACAGGUUCUGUUUAAAGUAAAUCCUUAUUAAGACGGUUGAAUGAAUUA